AUGUCUUCAUCGUUCAGCUUUCCACGCCCGACGACUACGAUCGACGAUCUCGAGGAUCUCUACACGGUGUACAGAGUCGAUCGCGCCGUCGUGCUUGACUUGGAUUAUGCGUCUGAGACUCCCGAAACCGUUCGAGGGGGAUAUUGCGGAGCCUAUCUCCCUUUCUUCCAGUCUUGUGGACUUACUUUCCCGACCCUGGAGCAUGUCCUCGAGGUCUUGGCGGAGCAUGGUUUAUCGUUUACUCAAAUCCUCCCGAAUUUUCUUAGGCAUCUCGUAGCGUUCUUGGUUAGACCUAGGGAGGAAGGUCUUUCCUUUGGUCUUAGUGAGUUCCGCGACCUUGUUCUAGUGAGGUGGGAUAAGCAGAAUCCCGGAACUUUCCUCGUGUCUCCGCGUCCGGGUCGCCAUGUUAUCGAAGACGUCUCUUAUCGCGAUGAGAAGUGGCGCAAGCAGUUCUUUGUUUUUAAGGUGGAUCGAGCGUCCACGGGUGAUUUCAAUUUCUCUCGACUUCCCCGGAAUUGGGCUGAGAAUAUAGGGGGGACAAACAGGCCCCAACCGGUUAUUGGCAGCGCUGAAGAUGAGGCGGAGCGUUCUCAGGAAGUCAUUGUGACUUCUUCGAUCCAGCCUCAGUCUUUGGAUCGACUGGCCAGGCAGCUUAUGAGGAGGUCGUCAUUUCGUACUUCGGGGUCAGCGUCGAGGAGCAGAGCAUCUGUCGGAUCUCCCUUGAUUUCGAUUCGGGAUUCCGAUGAUGAAGAUGUUCCUGGGGAACGAAGAUCUCAUGUCUCAUUGAGCCCCGGCUCGGAAGACGAAGUCGUCGGCGCGACUCGUAAGCGACGUCGAUCUUCGAAGGCGGUCUUACCCGGUCCGUCUUGUCCUAGACAAGAAUUGACCGUCAGAGGUCUUGCUUCUGGGGAUGAUGAUCCUUUGUUUGCGGCUCAGGAUGACCUGAUCGCUCUCGCCGGCCAUCUAUGA